GAUCGGCACUGUCCUAGUCUCUCCGCCACUGCCGUUAGCCUCGCCGUCGCUGCUGUCCGCUUGCCGACACUGCUGUCUGCUCGCCGCCGCUGCUCUCUCCUCUCCGUUGCUGCUCUCUGCUCGCCGAGUUGCCUGUUUACAGCAGAGGGAAUUUCAUCAGAGGAGAAGACAUGGGUUGCCCUAUACAAGCAUUUCUUGCCUCCUAAAUUUGCUCGAACAGUGACAGACUUGAUUGAUCAAAAAACUGAGCUGGAGGAUGCAAGUGGGCAGAGGUGGACGGUAACUUUAUCCAAAUAUGAUGGGUCCUUGGCUUUCCAACAGGGAUGGCCUGCUUUUUCACUCGAACAUGGUCUAGAAAUUGGAGAUUUUGUGUUAUUCCAUUACAUAGAGCAAUCUCACUUUGUUGUUCAAAUCUAUGGAAAAAGUGGGUGUGAAAAACUCUAUUUUUCAAAGGAAAAUAGCAAUCUGAAGAAACGAACAAGGGCUGACAGAGAUUCCAGUGCCAAAGAUGAACAAUGCCACACAAUUGAUAAUGUUUUUAUAAAUUCUAUGAACAAAGAGGGUUCAAAUACUUCUGCUGUAUCUGAUGUUCCCAGAACAAAAUGCAUCGAAGAACCAUUUUAUAUGAUUGAUAGAGAUUCUGGGGUAGGACAAGUGGACCGCUUGAGCUCUUUAUAUGACUUGGCAGACUUUGAAAUGCCGAGGACAUCCAGUGUUGAUGGAACUAAAGACGUUCUGGUAGAAGAUGUAAGGCCCCUUUCCCAUGUUAAUACAAUGCCGCAAUCUGAAGCUGAAGCUGAAAUAGUGGAUAAGUUACCUGUGACUGAAGAGGUAGUGAGCCAGACAACGCUUUCAGAUGUACCUAACUUGCCAAUUCUUGAGAAAAAUAGGGAGUUUCAAAUGAUGGAUAACGUGUCUGAUCAAGAUUAUGGCAAUGGCAACACUUCUGGGCGAGAGCGGAGGAGCAAGACACGAUAUAGCAGCAAUAAGGAUUUGAUAUCCCAGAAAGAUACUUCCCUCAUGGAAAGGUGUCAAAGUAUGCAACAGAAGUUUGCCGGUGUGUCAAAGUUCUGUGAAUUUCCAGCCUCUGUUCAAACUUGGAAUUGUCAAUCUGGAGAGAGGAUGAAAGUGGUUAAAAAAGAGCGGGUGGAGAUGAGGGCAAAGAAGAUGAUGCAUGGAAAGUAUCCAGAGAUCAAGGAGUGUGACAGUAGUUCCAGUCCUUCCAUGAAAGAUAAUGAUCAUGUGUACAAAGUGGUGAAAACUGAACUUGUUGAUGCAACCUCUACACUUUCAGUCAAAAUCCCUUUCUUGGCUGUGACGGGCAGGCUGUCUUUUCUUGAGUUGCCGAGUUGCUUGCCGUCGGUUUCAUUCAGGGGACGGCCAAUAAUGGAAAGGAAGGUAUUAGUUCGCCUUCGAGACCCAGUAUCUAGACUGUGGCCAGUCAUCUACCAUGAGAAACAGGGUAUCAAAGUCUUGGCAAGUGGUUGGGAAGCAUUUUGCAAGGCAAAUCGCAUUCAGGUUGGAGAUGAAUGUUUUUUUGAAAUUGAGGAUGUGUCGGAGUGCAUUUAUGAAGUUAGUGUUGAUAGGAAGUAAGAUGGAGCUUCAAACUCUUCUAGUUUCAACAGUACAUAUCAGUACUUUGCCAAAUAUGAUGACUAGAAUCUAUGAAACAUAUAUUUUGAGUUAGGAAAGUGUUACACUUAUAUUAUUUUUGUACAUAACUUAUGACUUGUUGAAAAUAUAAGUUAUCUUGAUGGAUAUUUUGCUUUAAAAUGUCAAAAAAUAGAACUUGCUAUA